CAUUAUACUUCCACAUAAAAUUUCGUAUUGUUAAAAAAUUUGUGUGAAAAAAUGUUUUUGUGUUAAUCGAAACUAAUAAAAUAAAUUAAAUCUCUUUUUCCAACUCUAAAAUAUCUCAAAAACUACCCAAAAUUAACAACCAUCAAAAUGCCAGAGGAUUCAAAAGAAAAUAAAGCCAAAAAGCUGGCAGCAGCUCGUAAGAAGCUCAAAGAGUACCAAUCAAAGGAAAAGAAGGAUAGCGAAGGAGCUAUCCCGGCGUCGUUGGAGACACAAGUUACCCACCAGAAUGAUGCAACGAGUUCUGAAGGCAGUGAGCCAAUUGUCAAUGAAUCUCCGUCACCGGCAGCGGCGGCUGCGGUGGCGUUGGAGACUGGUGUGGAUGUCGUUGCGGAACCCAUGUCGUAUAACGAAAUGCCUUCGGCUGUUGCAGGAGUUGUGGAAAAUCUAUCAACUCCUUCCAUCCCACCCCCAUCUCAAAAUAACAACAGCAGCAGUAUUGACACUAUCCAAAUACUCAUUACCGAGAAGGCUGCUCUGUCCUCAGAGCUCAAUAUGCUCCGUAACUUUUGUCGUGAGAAAGAGUUGGAAAACGAGGAAUUACAAGCGCAGUUCCAAUUGACAUCAAAGCGCCUGCAGGAUCUGCAAAAUGAGUUCACUCACGAGCGUCAAUCGAUGAAUGAGUUCAAGUCCAAGAACUUAACUUUGCAGGUUCAAUUGGAGGAGACUCGAUCCAAGUACGACGACCAAGCUGAACACUUAGAAGAGACUAAAAAACUAUUUGCCCUCGAAAAAGAUCGAAGCCAAUCGCUGAGCAAAGAGUUGAAGGAAGCCAAAAACGAACUCGAACUGACCAAGAUUCGCAUCAAUCAGUUGUCCGAUGAGGCAAGUGUUACCCAAGACAAUCGCGUGGAGUCCCUAACACAAACCCAAUUCAUGUACGAACAACAAAUACGAGAUUUGCAAGCAAUGGUACAACAGUUGACCAGCGAUAAGGAACAAUCCAAUCAGCAAUACCAGACUUAUGUGCAACACUUGAAUACAGAGGUGACCGCUCUGAAUGAAAAGAAUGGGGAACUUGCUGAGGAAUGUUCAAAACUACAAGAAAGAGAGAGGCAAUUUAUUGAUCACAUAAGUGGCUUGGAAAAGGAAAUCCAAAAAUCCAUCUCACGCCAGGAUCAAGUUAAGGAAAAUCAACAACAAGAAGCCAAUGAAAUCUACAUAAAAGAAAUCGAAGAGCUCAAAACUAAAAUCACCGACUUUGAUUCCGAACGCUAUGAGUUCCAAUUGAAAAUCAAAUCCCAAGAAGAUCGACUCGAAGGAUUCACUCAAAGCCUCAUCGAGAAGGAAAAUAAAAUUGCCGAACUAGAAGACCAUCUGCAAAAUAUCCUCUCCGAGCGUCCAGAUAGCCAUAAGCUUCUGGCAACCAUGGAGAGUGAUAAAAUUGCUGCAUCUCGAGCCCUAUCUCAAAAUGAUGCAUUGAAAAAACAAUUGGAUGAGUUGGAGUUGAGAUUUGUUCAACUGACAAAUGAUAAAGCAGACUUGAUGAACAAACUGGACGCUGAGGAGUACGCGAAUCGUGAAACUCGCAAUAAUUUCUCCAGCAUGGAGGAACAAAUUAAGACACUUCAAGAGAAACUCAACUUGAAAGACGAAGAAAUGAUUCGGCUAACGCACGAGAAUAACGACAUAGCUAGGAAGAACUUGAUGCUUCAGCAGCAAUUGGACAGAUUGCAGCACUAUGAGGCAAGUGAGUAUUCCACCAAGUAUCAAACAACUGGCCAAGAGAGUGCGGUGGAGAAUGGAAACGAUCCGCAUGGGGAAACAAAUCACCAUCACGACCACCACGAUCAUAAUCAUGAUCAUUGCCAUAACUAUGAUUAUGGUGAAGAUGGACACAGUCAUGAUGACCAUUCCGAAUGCUCCUCCGGUCAUGCUGGACAUGACCAUCGACAUUCCCUCACAAGUUCAGUGGAUGAACCCGAUCAUCCUAAGGAACAAAGCCAUGUGGCAACAUCUAUGACUCCACAACAUCAUCAGCACAAACAUCGACACGAUGAGCCUCCCACAAUUCCAACUAUUGAAGCCCUAACAAAGCUCCAGAAUCGUUUCACAAAGCUGAUGGCUCAGACUGCGGAAUUAACAGAAGAAAAACAACGCCUCGAGCAUCUGGUGCUUCAGCUUCAAGGCGAAACCGAAACAAUCGGUGAAUACAUCGCCCUCUACCAGACCCAGAGGCGUAUACUCAAACAGCGAGAAUAUGAGAAGGCGGCACAAUUGCAGCUGCUUCUGGGAGAGCGUGAAGAGAUGCGUGAGAAAAUCACAACACUCAAUAAACUUGUGUCGAAUUUAGGAGUCGAUCUACCCAAUAAUUUGCGACUAAACGAGGACGAAAUGGAGAACAUAUGUAUCGAACCGACAAGCGUUUCCCACACCCCAAAUAGUGAAGGUGGCAGUGAAGGCGAUCACAUUCACCACACCCCUCUCGAUGAGGCUGUCAUGAAUAAGCGUUUGAAUUCUAACGAAUCGAAAGAGAUAUUGGCAAAAAUUCAAAAUAUUAUAACAGAAAUAAAAGAGAAUACAAAAGAUAUACCGCCUGUCAACACUGCUGACCAUUUGACAUGUUGCUCGGGGAAAUUUGAAAUUGUUUAACCAACCUCGUUUACACACAGAAGAAGAGCCUUAUAGGUCCCAAGUUAAGAUUGUAUUCAAAACGAAUUCCUUAAUCAAUAAAUUUGUGUUUAUUUUGUUAGCGAUUGAGCAAAGACAUUUUAAGAAACAAAAAACGGGCAUAAUGUGUCUUUAUUUUUGAAGGCACUUUCUUUUUAGAAAAUGGUUGGUUUUGCACUCCUUAUUUGUCACCACACGUUUUUAUAAUAUCCCACUACCUAUUCCAAGCUAUUUGCAAUUGUUUAAAUAUUUUUGUCUGCUGAUUGUUUAUAAAACAAGGGAAACUACUUAUAAAAAUAAAACAUUAAAAAAAAAUUAA